AUGGCAGGCAGACCCAGACAAGGGUCUGUAUUUGAGUACAAGAAGCUUACUAAUGCAAGAUACAAGUAUGCUAUUCGCUUCAUCUGUAAAAAUGAGCAAGCCAUGAGGGCCGAUUCCAUGGCUAAGAAGCUGCUAACACCAGUAUCCAGUGUAAAGGUAAAUGCCAGCUCGACAGACAUUUUGGAGUCGAGCAGCAGCUCCGUCAGUCUGUCCUGCUCCUCCUCUGGAUCCCCUCUCUCUUUCCUCUUGCUGAACAGCAGCUCUGAGGUUACAGGAAGUGACAGAGUUCAGAUCACUGAUGGGAACUCCACUGUAACUAUAGUUAAUGUGACCCGCUACGACCAGGAACCCUUCAGCUGUCAUGCAUCUAAUCCUGUCAGUGAGGUCACCAGCGAUCCAGUAACCCUACUCAUCGUCUUCGGGCCAGAAAAUAUAAAUCUGAUAAUAUCUCCGUCACAAGAAUACUAUGACGAAGGAUCAGACAUCAUCCUGACGUGCUCAGCUGACUCUGGACCUCCUGCCUUUGUUCAGUGGUUUCUGAACGGAGACCUGAUGUCUGAUACUGGAUCAGAUCUCAGUCUGAUGAACGUUCAUAUGAGUCAGAGUGGGAACUACAGCUGUCAGGCCUUUAACAACAAGACUCUGAUGAAUCAAACAUCUCAGACUGUAGCUGUCUCUGUACGAAAAUCACACAUCUCAGAUGUCGUAAUAACACCAAGCAGCACAGAUCUGUCAGAGUUCAGCAGCUCCGUCAGUCUGUCCUGCUCCUCCUCUGGAUCUUUCCUCUCCUUCCUCUGGCUGAACAGCAGCUCUGAGGUUACACUGAGCGACAGAGUUCAGAUCACUGAUGAAGGAUCCACUCUCAAUAUAAUUAACGUGACGCGCUACGACCAGGGACCGUUCAUUUGUCAUGUGUUCAAUAAUUUCAGUAACUACACCAAUACCAUUUUAUGUCUUUUUCUCGCAGUUGGGCCAGAAAAGACCCUUUUAAAGCUUUCUCCGUCACAAGAAUACUUUGAGAAAGUGUCAAACAUCAGCCUGUCCUGCUCAGCUGACUCCAAACCUUCUGCUGUAUUCAAGUGGUUUCUGAAUAGAGACCUGCUGUCUGAUACUGGACCAGAUCUCAGUCUGAUGAACGUUCAGAUAAAUCAAAGUGGAAGCUACAGCUGUCAGGCCUUCAACGAGAAAACUCUGAGAUAUGAGACGUCUCAGGCUGUAGCCAUCUCUCUCGCAGGCUUCGCCCCAUUUAAUGUGACCCGCUACGACCAGGGACCGUUCAGGUGCAACGCGUCGAAUGGUGCCACAAGUGAAAUCAGCCGGUCGAUGGAUCUCUUCAUCCAAUACGGACCUGACAACAUGGCCAUCAAAGGACCUGAAUCUGUGCGUGUCGGAGAUUUCACGAUGCUUUACUGCUCCACCAUGUCCGUACCAUCACCAACGUUCACCUGGUUUCUUGAUGGAAAGCCAACUUGCGUGCAUGAGGCUGCGUACGUCAUAAUGUCCAUCAGCAGCUCUGACAGUGGGACGUACAGUACAGCUGCUCCGCUGAGAGCUCUGCAACAGGCCUGA